UUCGGGUACGCCCAUAAUUUUAUCCUACCUGGAUAUAAGUACGCCAUGGAAAAGAAGUGGGAAACAGUAUACAAUCUUCUGUCUUCGGGAUCAUACCCAUCAGACUUUGACAAAUCACAGCGGCAGAACCUUCGGAGAUAUGCCUCCAAUUUUCAGAUAAAGGAUGGAGAUCUGUUUUUUGGGAAUCAAAGAAGGGUUAUUAAAACCAAAGAAGAAGCCAUGUUGCUGUUCCAGGAGUUUCAUUCCUCUCCCAUGGGUGGACAUUCAGGAAUCUUAAAAACACGGACAGCCAUGUGUUCCAGAUUUUACUGGCAUGGAAUGUCAAUCGACAUUGACAACUGGGUACUGGAAUGUGAUAAAUGCCAGAAAAUUGGAAAGCCAUUGACCGCUGCACAACCACUACAGUGCAUUAAGGUGUCUGCGGUCUGGGAGCUCAUUGGGAUAGACCUAACAGGACCAUUACCAAAAACUUCAGAUGGCUUUCAAUACAUUUUGACAGUUACAGAUUAUUUCUCAAAAUGGGUAGAGGCCUUUCCUUUGAAAACUAAAUCUGCAGCUGAAGUGGGUAGAAAUCUUUGUUCUAUCAUUUAUAGACAUGGCUGUCCAAAGCGCAUCCUUUCAGAUCAGGGACGGGAAUUUGUUAAUGAUCUUAACCAUAGGCUUUGUGAAUUGCUACACAUCCAAAGGAGCGUAACAGCAGCCUAUCAUCCACAAACAAAUGGCCUGGAUGAGAAGACUAAUGACAAUAUAAAAAGAGCCCUUAAAAAAUUGGUCAAUGACCAGCAAAACGAUUGGAAUGUCUAUCUGGAUGCCACCCUGUUUUCAUUGCGGUCUAAAGUGCACACUACCACAAAAUUCUCCCCGUUUCUUUUGAUGUAUGGGAGGGAGGCAGUGUUCCCUUCAGAGGUUCCUGUUGAAGUGCCACUUUCCAAGAUUAUUCUCCCUGAAGGAGGAUACAGCGAGUUUCUUGAUUCAAAACAAAAAACAUCGGAAGCUGUUAAAAAAACAGCAGAAGAUAACAUACGUAAGUCUCAAGAAAAACAAAAAGAAGCAUAUGCCAGAAAAGUGCAGAAGAAAUACCAAAAUGUUGAGUAUAAUGAUGGGGAUGAAGUACUUCUACUGAAUAUGAGGAAGCGAGGAAGGAAAGGCGGAAGAAUAGAACCGGAUUUCUCUGGUCCAUAUGUUAUCCAGUCAGUCCGUGGCAAACUUGUCACAUUAAAAAACCCUGAAGGAGCCAUCCUGAAAAACAAAUACAACAUUGGCCAUCUAAAACCAUAUAGAAGAAGCCAGGCAGCCGACAGUAGCAGCAGCAUCUUCUCUCCUUGUCCUCAGCAGUCUUCUUCCAAGAAGAAGAGUUCAGAAGAGUACACAGACCCAAAUGUACAACGGUGCUCAGUUAUACGUUUAGCUUCAAAACAAGCUGAUGUCAAAAAACAUGUGCAAACAACCACAGUAACUGAAAAGCCUGCAACAAAGAGCUCAUCAAACACUGAAACAACUUCAGUAACUGAAAAGCCUGCAACGAAGAGCUCAUCAAACACUGAAACAACUUCAGUAACUGAAAAGCCUGCAACAAAGAGCUCAUCAAACACUGAAACAACUUCAGUAACUGAAAAGCCUGCAACAAAGAGCUCAUCAAACACUGAAACAACUUCAGUAACUGAAAAGCCUGCAACAAAGAGCUCAUCAAACACUGAAACAACUUCAGUAACUGAAAAGCCUGCAAUGAAGAGCUCAUCAAACACUGAAAGAAGCAUUCAAGAAGAAGUAAUGAGACUCUGGUCUUCAAAGGACAACAAUCAGGUGGAAGCAGUUGCCGGGCCAUACAAAUUGUAUGAUUCUUCUUUUAGAACACUGCAAGGGACCGAAUGGGUCGCUGAUGAAGUGAUUGAUGCAUACCUGAACCAUCUGAUUGAACAACAUAAGACGCCUGUAUAUCAGCUGUGUGCAGUGGUUGCUUCUUCUUUAGCUGCUGGACAGUUUCGAUGUCUCAGAAAGAUGAAGUUCCCAGUUGAGGACACAUGGCUGUGCCCUGUCAAUACCGGAGGACAUUGGAUUCUUGUGAUUGUCAGCAUGUCAAGAAAGAUCCUCUCCAUCAUUGACCCCAUGGGAAAUGAGGGAUUAUAUGAGAGAAAGAUUUUGCGGAACUGGAGGAAUUUUUUAAAGAUGAUUGGACACCAAGAUCACAGCGCUGAAUGGCGAACAACAGUAUUGAAACACAACCCACAGCAAGAUGCGAGCAGCUGUGGCGUUUUAGUGCUAAAGUUCGCAGAAGAUUUUCUUUCUACUGGAGCUAUCGACAAUGUGCAGACAACACAAGCAGCUAUUAGCACCGCCCGAAUGGGGAUAGCCUGUUCAUUGCUUGAACGUAAAGGCAAUGCAGAGGACUACUGCACAGUUUGCUCUAUGCUGGAAGGGGAUGGAGACAAGAGCAUGACUGAAAUGGUGCAGUGUGAUGUGUGCAGUCGCUGGGCACAUUUUGAAUGUGUCCAAUAUAGUAAAGAGAUUUCCGCCAACUACCACUGUAGAAAGUGUACAGUUAACAAAUAACCUGAAUGUAUUUUUUCCUGGAUUAAGCUGCACUUUGCACUGUUUGUUUUAAAAUGUAAAAUCUAAGUACACUGUAUAAUAUGUUUAUAAAAAUGUGUGUUAUUGGAUUACAAUGCAAUGUUCAACUUAAUUAGUAAAAGUAUUAGCAAACCAUGAGAAAAAAAAACUUUGGGGAUUCAGUAAAAUCACAGUGAACCUUAAUCAACUCCCA